CGCCGCUGCUGUUCCGCUGGCUCCAAAGUCGCUGGGUCCGCGGCCGCCUCCCCCUCGCGACCCGCGCGGGGGCUGUGGCUGGGUUUGGGGCUGCUCCGCGCUGCUCAAGGCUGCGUCACCUUCGGCCUGUAUGUGCCCGUGCAACACUGUGCUGCAAGUCAAUCAAUACAAUAAUAAUUUAAAUCACUUCAGCUGUAAUGGAAAAGUAUGAAAAAUUAGCUAAGAUUGGAGAAGGGUCUUAUGGAGUUGUAUUCAAAUGCAGAAACAAAACCUCUGGACAAGUAGUAGCUAUUAAAAAAUUUGUAGAAUCUGAAGAUGAUCCUGUCGUUAAGAAAAUAGCACUAAGAGAAAUACGUAUGUUGAAGCAAUUAAAACAUCCAAAUCUUGUGAACCUCAUUGAGGUGUUCAGGAGAAAAAGGAAAAUGCAUUUAGUGUUUGAAUACUGUGAUCAUACACUUUUAAACGAGCUGGAAAGAAACCCACAUGGAGUUGCUGAUGGAGUGAUCAAAAGUGUAUUAUGGCAAACACUUCAAGCUCUUAAUUUCUGUCAUAAACAUAACUGUAUUCACAGAGAUGUAAAACCUGAAAAUAUUCUAAUAACUAAGCAAGGAAUAAUCAAGAUUUGUGACUUUGGGUUUGCACGAAUUCUGAAAGAGGAAAAGAAUUCUAAGAGCAUUUCUGCUCUUCAUGCACUUAUAAUCUACAGUAAAAGAAACAAAGAAUAAUACAAGAUGAUUAGCAAUAAAGUACUAAAGUGAAGGUGCAGACGGUUCCCUGGAGGGAGAUAUUAAUGUGGGCGAGAGUGGUUGAAAAACUUCAUGGAACUGUUGAGACUAGAAAGAGUAAACUGAAAAUUAAAGAGACAGGAUUCAGAGACAGUGCUAAGAAAAAGGAAAUCAUUUCGGGCAAGGAGGAACUGAAGGGAAAGGGGGACAAAUAACUGUUUCUCCCUCAAUCUAGAACUUUACAGCAGACAAAUAUAUGUAUUAGCAGCAUACACCUUGCAGUCUGGGUGUGGACAUAAUCAGUAUUCUGAUGGGGCCCAAACACAAGUGACUUGGCAAUGCAUUUGGAAGGGCUGAGCAAAAACAAAAACUAAUCAAGGCUCUCUGAGGUUGCUGUGCUUUGUGGUAUAAGAUAAUAGGAUCCUAAUGAUAAGUGGUCCCUGUGCCAUGGGGCUGAAAAGAGAAAUAUACAAACACUGGAAGACUAUGGAGCUGUGAACGCUGCACAUAGUACCAUGUGCAUCAGUAUCAUGAAAUGCUAGGCUGCCAUUAGCAGGGAUGUUUGCAGUUUCAGUGACAUCAGCAAAUGUUUAAGACACAGUAAGGGAAAAAGGAAAGUGAAAACAUAUGUACACAGUAUGAUCUCAGCUGUAUAGGAAAUACAUUAAAAAUACUGAAAUAUAUAUGACCCUCAAUUUAGGAAAUGAAGUGAAUAAUAGUCAUCCAGGCUGGGUGUGGUCACUCACGCCUGUAAUCCCAGCAUUUUUGGAGGUGAAGGCAGGCGGAUCACAAGGUCAGGAGAUUGAGACCAUCCUGGCUAACACGGUGAAACCCUAUCUCUACUAAAACCCUAUCUCUACAAAAAAAUAGCCAGGUGUGGUGGCACGCGCUUGUAGUCCCAGCUACUGGGGAGGCUGAGGCAGGAGACUCGCUUGAACCCAGGAGGUAGAAGUUGCAGUGAGAUGAGAUCGCGCCACUGCCCUCCAGCCUGGUGACAAAGGGAGACUCCAUCUCAAAAAAAAAAAAAUCAUCCAAUGUAUGGUAUAGAUGUGGUGUCAUGGAUUUGGGGAUUUUUCCUGGAAAUCCAUUAUUCUCAGCUUGGUUGCUGCUGGUGUAUAGCAGGGCUACUGAUUUGUGUACCUUAAUUUUGUUAUCCUGAAAUUUUGCUGAAUUCAUUUACCAGUUCCAGGAGCUUUUUGAAUGAGUCUUUAGGGUUUUCAAGGCAAACGAUCAUGUCAUCAGCAAACAGCAAAAGUUUGACUUCAUCUUUACCAAUUUAGAUGCUGUUUAUUUCUUUCUUUUGUCUAAUUGCUCUGUCUAGGACUUCCAAUACUAUGUUGAAUAGUAGUGGUGAAAGUAGCCAUCCUUGUCUUGUUCCAGUUCUCGGGGGAAAUGCUUUCAACUUUUCCCCAUUCAGUAUCAUGUUGACUGUGAGUUUGUCAUAAAUGGCUUUUAUUACCUUAAGGUAUGUCCCUUCUAUGAUUAUCCUGAGGGUUUUAAGCAUAAAGCGAUGCUGAAUUUUGUCAAAUGCUUUUUCUGCAUCUAUUGAGAUGACCUUGUGAUUUUUUUAAAAUUCUAUUUAUGUGGUAUAUCACGUUUAUUGACUUGCAGAUGUUAAACCAUCCCUGCAUCCCUGGUAUGAAACCCAUUUGAUCAUGGUGGAUUAUCUUUUGGAUAUGCUGUUGGAUUUGGUUAGCUAGUAUUUUGUUGAGGAUUUUUGCAUUUAUGUUCGUCAGGGAUAUUGUUCUUUAGUUUUUUUUUUUGUUAUGUCCUUUCCUGGUUUUGGUAUUAGGGUGAUAAUAGAAUGAUUUAGGGAGGAUUCCCUCUUUCUCUGUCUUUUGAAAGAGUGUCAGUAGUAUUGGUACCAAUUUUUCUUUGAAUGUCUGAUAAAAUUUAGCUGUGAAUCUCUCUGAUCUUGGACUUUUUUCACUGGUAACUUUUAAAUUAUCAUUUCAAUCUCCUCACUACUUGUUAUUAGUCGUUCAGAGGUUCUAUUUCUUCCUGGUUUAAUCUAGGAGGGUUGUAUAUUUCCAGGAAUUUAUCCAUGUCCUCUAGGUUUUCUAGUUUAUGCACAUAAAGGUGUUCAUAGAAGCCUUGAGUGAUCUUUUGUAUUUCAGUGGUAUCAGUUGUAAUAUCUCCUGUUUCAUUUCUUUUUUUUUUUUUAAUUUUUUAUUGGAUUUUAGGUUUUGGGGUACAUGAGCAGAGCAUGCAAGACAGUUGCGUAGGUACACACAUGGCAGUGUGCUUUGCUUUCCUUCUCCCCUUCACCCACAUUUGGCAUUUCUCCCCAGGCUAUCCCUCCCCACCUCCCCCUCCCACUGGCCCUCCCCUUUUCCCCCCAAUAGACCCCAGUGUUUAGUACUCCCCUUUCUGUGUCCAUGUGUUCUCAUUUUUCAUCACCCGCCUAUGAGUGAGAAUAUGCGGUGUUUCAUUUUCUGUUCUUGUGUGAGUUUGCUGAGGAUGACGUUCUCCAGAUUCAUCCAUGUCCCUACAAACGACACGAACUCAUCAUUUCUGAUUGCUGCAUAAUAUUCCAUGGUGUAUAUGUGCCACAUUUUUCCAAUCCAGUCUAUCAUCAAUGGGCAUUUGGGUUGAUUCCAGGUCUUUGCUAUUGUAAACAGUGCUGCAAUGAACAUUCGUGUACAUGUGUCCUUAUAGUAGAACGAUUUAUAGUCUUUUGGAUAUGUACCCAGUAAUGGGAUUGCUGGGUCAAAUGGAAUUUCUAUUUCUAAGGCCUUGAGGAAUCGCCACACUGUCUUCCACAAUGGUUGAACUAAUUUACACUCCCACCAACAGUGUAAAAGUGUUCCUUUUUCUCCACAUCCUCUCCAGCAUCUGUUGUCACCAGAUUUUUUAAUGAUCACCAUUCUAACUGGCGUGAGAUGGUAUCUUAAUGUGGUUUUGAUUUGCAUCUCUCUGAUGACCAGUGACGAUGAGCAUUUUUUCAUAUGAUUUUUGGCCUCAUAUAUGUCUUCUUUUGUAAAGUGUCUGUUCAUAUCUUUUGCCCACUUUUGAAUGGGCUUGUUUUUCUUCUGUAAAUCUGUUUGUGUUCUUUGUAAAUUCUGGAUAUCAGCCCUUUGUCAGAUGGGUAAACUGUAAAAAUUUUUUCCCAUUCUGUUGGUUGCCGAUCCACUCUGGUGACUGUUUCUUUUGCCGUGCAGAAGCUGUGGAAUUUAAUUAGGUCCCAUUUGUCUAUUUUGGCUUUUGUUGCCAAUGCUUUUGGUGUUUUGUUCAUGAAGUCCUUGCCUACUCCUAUGUCCUGGAUAGUUUUGCCUAGAUUUCCUUCUAGGGUUUUUAUCGUGCCAGGUCUUAUGUUUAAGUCUUUAAUCCAUCUGGAGUUAAUUUUAGUGUAAGGUGUCAGGAAGGGGUCCAGUUUCUGCUUUCUGCACAUGGCUAGCCAGUUUUCCCAACACCAUUUGUUGAACAGGGAAUCCUUUCCCCCUUGCUUGUUUUUGUCAGGUUUAUCAAAGAUUGUAUAGUUGUAGAUAUGUUGUGUUGCCUCCGGUGCCUCCGUUUUGUUCCAUUGGUCUAUAUCUCUGUUUUGGUACCAGUACCAUGCUGUUUUGAUUACUGUAGCCUUGUAGUAUAGUUUGAAAUCCAGUAGUGUGAUGCCCCCCGCUGUGUUCUUUUUGCUUAGAAUUGACUUGGCUAUGCGGGCUCUCUUUUGGUUCCAUAUGAAGUUCAUGGUGGUUCUUUCCAGUUCUGUGAAGAAAGUCAAUGGUAGCUUGAUGGGGAUAGCAUUGAUUCUGUAAAUUACUUUGGGCAGUAUAGUCAUUUUCACGAUAUUAAUUCUUCCUAACCAUGAACAUGGAAUGUUUCUCCAUCUGUUUGUGUCCUCUCUGAUUUCGUUGAGCAGUGGUUUGUACUUCUCCUUGAAGAGGUCCCUUACAUUCCUUGUGAGUUGUAUUCCAAGGUAUUUUAUUCUUUUUGUAGCAAUUGCGAAUGGCAGUUCGUUCUUGAUUUGGCUUUCUUUAAGUCUGGUAUUGGUGUAGACGAAUGCUUGUGAUUUUUGCACAUUGAUUUUAUAUCCUGAGACUUUGCUGAAGUUGCUUAUCAGUUUCAGGAGUUUUUGGGCUGAGGCGAUGGGGCCCUCUAGGUAUAUUAUCAUGUCGUCUGCAAAUAGAGACAAUUUGGCUUCCACCUUUCCUAUUUGAAUACCCUUUAUUUCUUUUUCUUGCCUGAUUGCUCUGGCUAGAACUUCCAGAACUAUAUUGAAUAGGAGUGGUGAAAGAGGGCAUCCUUGUCUAGUGCCAGAUUUCAAAGGGAAUGCUUCCAGUUUUUGCCCAUUCAGUAUGAUAUUGGCUGUUGGUUUGUCAUAAAUAGCUUUUAUUACUUUGAGAUACGUUCCAUCGAUACCGAGUUUAUUGAGGGUUUUUAGCAUAAAGGGCUGUUGAAUUUUGUCAAAUGCCUUCUCUGCGUCAAUUGAGAUAAUCAUGUGGUUUUUGUUUUUGGUUCUGUUUAUGUGGUGAAUUACGUUGAUAGACUUGCGUAUGUUGAACCAGCCUUGCAUCCCCGGGAUGAAUCCUACUUGAUCAUGAUGAAUAAGUUUUUUGAUUUGCUGUUGCAAUCGGCUUGCCAAUAUUUUAUUGAAGAUUUUUGCAUCUAUGUUCAUCAUGGAUAUUGGCCGGAAGUUUUCUUUUCUUGUUGGGUCUCUGCCAGGUUUUGGUAUCAGAAUGAUGUUGGUCUCAUAAAAUGAUUUGGGAAGGAUUCCCUCUUUUUGGAUUGUUUGAAAUAGUUUUAGAAACAAUGGUACCAGCUCCUCUUUGUGUGUCUGGUAGAAUUUGGCUGUGAGCCCGUCUGGAUCUGGGCUUUUCUUGAGUGGUAGGCUCUUAAUUGCUGCCUCGACUUCUGACCUUGUUAUUGGUCUAUUCAUAGUUUCAGCUUCCUCCUGGUUUAGGCUUGGGAGGACACAGGAGUCCAGGAAUUUAUCCAUUUCUUCCAGGUUUACUAGUUUAUGUGCAUAGAGUUGUUUGUAAUAUUCUCUGAUGAUGGUUUGAAUUUCUGUGGAAUCUGUGGUGAUUUCCCCUUUAUCAUUUUUUAUUGCAUCUAUUUGGUUGUUCUCUCUUUUCUUUUUAAUCAGUCUGGCUAGUGGUCUGUCUAUUUUGUUGAUCUUUUCAAAAAACAAGCUCUUGGAUUUAUUGAUUUUUUGAAGGGUUUUUCGUGUCUCAAUCUCCUUCAGUUCAGCUCUGAUCUUAGUUAUUUCCUGUCUUCUGCUGGGUUUUGAGUUUUUUUGAUCUUGCUCCUCUAGCUCUUUCAAUUUUGAUGAUAGGGUGUCGAUUUUGGAUCUCUCCAUUCUCCUCAUAUGAGCACUUAUUGCUAUAUAUUUUCCUCUAGAGACUGCUUUAAAUGUGUCCCAGAGGUUCUGGCAUGUUGUGUCUUCGUUCUCAUUGGUUUCGAAGAGCUUCUUUAUUUCUGUCUUCAUUUCAUUGUUUACCCAGUCAACAUUCAAGAGCCAGUUGUUCAGUUUCCAUGAAGCUGUAUGGUUCUUGGUUGGUUUCUGUAUUCUGAGUUCUAACUUGAUUGCACUAUGGUCUGAGAGGCUGUUUGUUAUGAUUUCAGUUGUUUUGCAUUUGUUGAGCAGUGCUUUACUUCCAAUUAUGUGGUCAAUUUUAGAGUAGGUGUGAUGUGGUGCUGAGAAGAAUGUAUAUUCUGUGGAUUUGGGGUGGAGAGUUCUGUAAAUGUCUAUCAGGUUUGCUUGCUCCAGGUCUGAGUUCAAGCCCUGGAUGUCCUUGUUGAUUUUCUGUCUGGUUGAUCUGUCUAAUAAUGACAGUGGAGUGUUAAAGUCUCCCACUAUUAUUGUGUGGGAGUCUAAGUCUCUUUGUACGACAUUAAGAACUUGCCUUAUGUAUCUGGGUGCUCCUGUAUUGGGUCCAUAUAUGUUUAGGAUCGUUAGCUCUUCUUGUUGUAUCGAUCCUUUUACCAUUAUGUAAUGGCCUUCUUUGUCUCUUUUGAUCUUUGUUGCUUUAAAGUCUAUUUUAUCAGAGAUGAGAAUUGCAACUCCUGCUUUUUUUUUGCUCUCCAUUUGCUUGGUAAAUCUUCCUCCAUCCCUUUAUUUUGAGCCUUUGUGUAUCCUUGCAUGUGAGAUGGGUUUCCUGGAUACAGCACACUGAAGGGUUUUGGACUUUUAUCCAAUUUGCCAGUCUGUGUCUUUUGAUUGGUGCAUUUAGUCCAUUUACAUUUAGGGUUAAUAUUGUUAUGAGUGAAUUUGAUACUGCCAUUUUGAUGCUAAGUGGCUGUUUUGCCUGUUAGUUGUUGUAGAUUCUUCAUUAUGUUGAUGCUCUUUAGCAUUUAGUGUGAUUUUGGAAUGGCUGGUACUGGUUGUUCCUUUCUAUGUGUAGUGCCUCUUUUAGGAGCUCUUGUAAAGCAGGCCUGGUGGUGACAAAAUCUCUGAGUACUUGCUUGUUCACAAAGGAUUUUAUUUUUCCUUCACUUCUGAAGCUCAGUUUGGCUGGAUAUGUAAUUCUGGGUUGAAAGUUCUUUUCUUUAAGAAUGUUGAAUAUUGGCCCCCACUCUCUUCUGGCUUGUAGUGUUUCUGCCGAGAGAUCUGCUGUGAGUCUGAUGGGCUUCCCUUUGUGGGUGACCCGACCUUUCUCUCUGGCUGCCCUUAGUAUUUUCUCCUUUAUUUCAACCUUGUUGAAUCUGACGAUUAUGUGCCUUGGGGUUGCUCUUCUUGCAGAAUAUCUUUGUGGUGUUCUCUGUAUUUCCUGCAUUUGAGUGUUGGCCUGUCUUGCUAGGUGGGGGAAAUUUUCCUGGAUGAUGUCCUGAAGAGUAUUUUCCAGCUUGGAUUCAUUCUCUUCGUCCCCUUCUGGUACACCUAUCAAACGUAGGUUAGGUCUUUUCACAUAGUCCCACAUUUCUUGGAGACUUUGUUCAUUCCUUUUUGCGCUUUUUUCUCUAAUCUUGGUUUCUCGUUUUAUUUCAUUGAGCUGGUCUUCGACUUCAGAUAUUCUUUCUUCUGCUUGGUCAAUUCGGCUAUUGAAACUUGUUCAUGCUUUGCGAAGUUCUCAUAUUGCGUUUUUCAGCUCCUUUAAUUCAUUCAUAUUCCUCUCUAAGUUAUCCAUUCUUGUUAUCAUUUCCUCAUAUCUUUUUUCAAGUUCCUUAGUUUCUUUGCAUUGAUUUAAUACAUGUUCUUUUAGCUCACAAAAGUUUCUCAUUAUCCACCUUCUGAAGUCUAAUUCCGUCAUUUCAUCACAGUCAUUCUCCGUCCAGCUUUGUUCCCUUGCUGGUGAGGAGUUUUGGUCCUUUCUAGGAGGCGAGGUGUUCUGGUUUCGGGUGUUUUCCUCCUUUUUUCACUGGUUUCUUCCCAUCUUUGUGGAUUUAUUCGCUUGUCGUCUGCGUAGUUGCUGGCUUUUCGAUUGGGUCUCUGAGUGGACACCCAGAUUGUUAUGAUGAAGUAUUUCUGUUACUUGGUUUUUCUUCUACCAGUCUAGCCCCUUUGCUGUACGACUGCUGAGGUCUACUCCAGGCCCUGCUUGUUUGGGGUGCACCUCUAGCAGCUGUGGCACAGUGAGGGAUGCUACCAGUUUCUUUUUCUUCUAUCUUUGUCCCAGGAUGAUGCCUGCCAAAUGUCAGUCUUUUGGAUAUAGAGAGGUCAGGGAGCUGCUUGAGGAGACAGUCUGUACUUUAUAGGAGCUCAAUUGCUCAGCUGUGAUCUCUGUUGUUCAUUCAGGGCUGUUAGGCUGCUAUGUUUGAUUCUGCUGCAACAGAGCUCAUUAAAAAAACCCUUUUUUUCUCAAAUGCUCUGUGUUGGGGGGUUCGGGCUUAAUUUUUGGAUGUUCGUUGAGAUGUCCUGCCCAGCUAGGAGGCAGACUAGCCACUGUUUGCCUGCUGAGGCUCCGCCCUGCUGUUGUGAGGCUCACCCUGUUGGGGCAGGCUCUGCUGUUCUGCUGUGGUCUCCGCCACGCCCUGAGGUGGAGUCUCUUUGUUGUAGCAGGUUGCCUCGGCAACGGCAGGCUGCAUCAGCAGUGGGCGUGUAUCUCAGUAGGGACGGGUUGCCUCGGCAAUGGCUGGCUGCGUCAGCAGUGGGCGUGUAUCUCAGUUGGGGCGGCUUGCCUCGGUAAUGGUGGACGCCCCUCCCCCACAGAGCAUCUCGGACCGACUGCAUGGGGAUCGUUUGAAAUCGUGGUUUUUGUUCGUCCCACUGGGCUAGCCCAAACGCUCUGUCCCUGCAAUCCCCUGGGCUGGCCCACUGUCCAAGUCUCGUUCAGUCUCAAGUCCAGCCCUCUCAAGUCUCAGGUUGCCGGUUCAACAGGGCACCCAGAAAAGCGCGCCCUAUGGGGAGCGAUGGGUAGGGCCGGCCGCCACCACCCCGGCUGCCGGCUUUGCCAGGCAGCGGUACUGCCAGGUGUCCCACGUCUCCUUUAUACUUGGGAAUUUCCCCGUUCUGUGGGCAACAAAGAUCAGUCUGGAAAUGCAGCUCUGACUCACCUCUCCGCGGAUUCAAGGAGAGCUCCAAUCCUGGGUUGUUCUCACAGCGCCAUCUUGAGUCCUCCCCCUCUCCUGUUUCAUUUCUAAUUGAGCUUAUUUUGAUCUUCUCUCUUCUUUUCUUGGUUAAUCUUGCUAAUGGCCUAUCAAUUUCAUUUAUCUUUUCAAAGAACGAGAUUUUUGUUUCAUUUAUCUUUUGUGUUUUUUUUGUUUGUUUCAGUUUCAUUUACUUCUGCUCUGAUCUCAGUUUUCUUCUCCUGUGUUUGGGUUUGGUUUGUUCUUUUUUCUCUAGCUCCUUGAGGUGUGACCUUAGAUUGUCCAUUUGUGCUCUUUCAGAUUUUUUGAUGUAGGCAUUUAAUGCAAGGAACUUUCCUCUUAGCAUUGCCUUUGCUGUAUCCCAGAGGUUUUGAUAGGUUGUGUCACUAUUAUUAUUCAGUCCAAAGAAUUUUUAAAUUUCCAUCUUGAUUUCACUGUUGACCCAACAAUCAUUCAGGAGCAGAUUAUUUAAUUUCCAUGUAUUUGCAUGGGUUUGAGGAUUCCUUUUGGAUUUGAUUUUCAAUUCUAUUCCAUUGUGGUGUGAGAGAGUUCUUGCUAUAAUUUCAAUUUUCUCUUAACUUUUUUUUUGUUUUAUGGCUUAUUAUAGGGUCUAUCAUGGUGAAUGUUCCAUGUGUUGAUGAAGAGAAUGUAUAUUUUGAAGUUGUUGGGGAGAAUGUUCUGUAAAUAUCUGUUAACGCUAUUUGUUGUAGGGUAUAGUUUAAGUCCAUUGUUUGUUUACUUCCUGUCUUUAUGACCUGUCUAGUGUUGUCAGUGGAGUAUAGAAGUCCCCCACUAUUAUUGUGUUGCUGUCUAUUUCUUAGGUCUAGUAGUACUUGUUUCAUAAAUUUGAGAGCUCCAGUGUUAGGUGCAUAUAUAUUUAGGAUUGUGAUAUUUACCUGUUGGACUAGUUUUUUAAAAUUAUCAUUAUAUAUAAUGAUGUCCCUCCUUGUUUAACUGCUGUUGCUUUAAGUCUGUUUUGUCUGAUAUAAGAAUCACUACUCCUGCUCACUUUUGGUAUCCAUUUUCAUGGAAUUCCUUCUUCCACGCCUUUACCUCCAGUUUAUGGGAGUCCUUAUAUGUCAGGUGAGUCUCUCGAAGACAGCAGAUACUUGGUUGAUGAAUUCCUAUUCACUCUGCCAUUCUGUAUCUUUUAAGUGGACCAUUUAGGCCAUUUACAUUCAACAUCAGUAUUGGGAUGUGAGGUACUACUCUAUUCAUCAUGCUAUUUGUUGCCUGAAUACCCUGAGUUUUUUCAUUGUGUUGUUGUUUUAUAGGUCCUUUGAGAUUAAUGCUUUAAGGAGAUUAUUUUGGUGUACUUCAAAUAUUUGUUUGAAGACUUAGAGCUUGUUUUAGCAGUUUCUGCAGUGCUGGCUUGGUAGUGGUGAAUUGUCUCAGCAUUUGUUUGUCUGAAAAAGACUGUAUCUUUCAUUCACUUAUGAAGCUUAGCUUCACUAGAUACAGAAUUCUUGGCUGAUAAUUGUUUUGCUUAAGGAGGCUAAAGAUACAACCUCAAUCCCUUCUAGCUUGUAGGGUUUCUACUGAGAAAUCUGCUGUUAAUCUGAUAGGUUUUCCCUUAUAGUACCUGAUGCUUUUGUCUCAUAGCUCUUAAUAUUCUUUCCUUCAUCUUGACUUUAGAUAACCUGAUGCCGGGGUGCCUAGGUGAUGAUCUUUUUGUGAUGAAUUUCCCAGGUGUUUUUUGAGUUUCUUGUAUUUGGACAUCUAGGUCUCUAGUGAGGCCAGGGAAGUUUUCCUCAAUUAUUUCCUCAAAUGUGUUUUCCAAACUUUUAGAUUUCUCUUCUUCCUUGGGAACACCAAUUUUUCUUAGGUUUGGUCAUUAAACAUAAUCCUAAAUUUCUUGGAGGCUUUGUUCAUUUUUUUAAAUUCUUUUUUUCUUUGUCUAUGUCAGAUUGGGUUAAUUUGAAAGCCUUGUCUUCGAGCUCUGAAGUUCUUUCUUGUACUUGUACAAUUCUAUUGCUGAGACUUUCCAGUGCAUUUUGCAUUACUCUAAGUGUGUCCUUGAUUUCCAGAAGUUGUGAUUUUUUUUUAAAUUUAUGCUCUCUAUUUCACAGGAGAUUUUUUCAUUCAUAUCCUGUAUCAUUUUUGUUUGUUUGUUUCUUUUGGUUGGAUUUCAUUUUUCUCUGGUGCCUCCUUGAUUGGCUUAAUAGUUGAACUUCUAAAUUCUUUUUCUGUCAAUUCAGAGAUUUUCUUUUGGUUUGGAUCCAUUGCUGGCAAGCUAGUAUAAUCUUUUGGGAGUGUUAAAGACUUGUUUUGGGCCAGACACAGUGGUUAACACCUGUAAUCCCAACACUUUGGGAGACCAAGGCAGGCAGAUACCUGAGGUCAGGAGUUUGAGACCAGCCUGGCCAAUAUGGUGAAACCUCAUCUGUACUAAAAGUUCAAAAAUUAGCUGGGUGUGACAGCACAUACCUAUAGUCCCAGCUACUUGGAAGGCUGAGGCCGAAGAAUCACUUAUACUCAGGAAGCAGAGGUUGCAGUGAGCCACUACACUCCAGCCUAGGUGCCAGAGUCUUGUUAAGAAAAAAAAAAAGAACCUUGUUUUGUGGUCAUAUUACUGGAAUUGUUUUUCUGGUUUCUUCUCAUUUGGGUAGACUAUGUCAGAGGGAAGGUCUGGGACUCGAGGGCUGCUCUUUAGGUUCUUUUGUUCCAUGGGGUACUCCCUUGAUGUGGUCCCUUUUCCCCUAGGGAUGGGGCUUCCUGAGAGCCAAACUGCAUUGAUUGUUAUUUUUCUUCUGAAUCUAGCCACCCAGAGAAGCUACCAGGCUCUGGGCUGGUACUAGAAAGUGUCUGCAAAAAGUUCUGUGAUGUGGUCCAUUAUCAGGUCUUUCAGCCAUGGAUACCAGCACCUGCUCUGGUAGAGGUAGCAGGGGAGUGAAGUGGACUCUGUGAGAAUCCUUAGUUGUAUUUUUGUUAAGUGCAUGGUUUUAUGUUGAUUGACCUCCAGCCAAGAGGUGGUGCUCUCAAGAGCACAUCAGCUGCAGUAGCAUAGGGUGGAUCAGGCAGUGGUGGGGCCAUAGAGCUCCCAGAAGAAUAUAACCUUUGUUUUGGGAGUUCCUUGACUGUCCCACAGAGCCUGCAGCAGUAAUCCACCUUCUUCAAAGGGUCUGUGAAUUCUCUUGGCUUUCCUGGUAAACAUUUCUUUAAAGAAGAUAUACAAGGCUGGACACAGUGGCUCAUACCUGUAAUCCCAGCUAUUCAAGAGUCUGAAGCAUGAGAAUCACUUGAACUCAGGAGGUGGAGGUUGCAGUGAGUGAGCCAAGAUCGUACCACUACACUCCAGCCCGGGCGACAGAGUGAGACCCUGUCUCAAAAAAAAUUAAAAAUUCAAAAAACAAAAAAGAUACACAAAUGGCCAAUAAGCACAUGAAAAGAUGCUUAAGGGAAAUGCAAAUCAAAACCACGAUGAGAUACCACUUCACACCCAUUAGGAUGACUAUUAUUUUUAAAAAACACACAGAACAAAAUAACAAGUGUUGGUAAGGAUAUGAAGAAAUUGGAGCCCUCAUGCAUUGCCAGUGGGAAUGUUAAAUGGUGCAGCUGCUGUGGAAAGCAGUAUGGCAGUCCUUCAAAAAAUUAAACAUAAAAUCACUGUAUGAUCCAGCAAUUCCACUUCUAGGUACACACCCAAAAGAACUGGCAGCAGGGACUUGAAGGUAUUUGCAUGCCAAUGCUUAUAAGUAGGAUUAUUUACAAUGACAAAAGGUGGAAACAAUCCACAUGUCCAUCAAGGAUGAGUGGAUAAACAAAAUGUGGAACAUACAUAUAAUGAAAUCUUACUCAAUCUUAAAAAGAAAGGAAAUUCUGAUAUAUGCUACGACAUGGAUACACCUUGAAAACAUUAAGCUAAAUGAAAUCAGAAAUACAGAAAAGGACAAAUACACUAUUCUAUUGACAUGAUCUACCUAGAAUAGUCAAAUUCAUGGAAACAGAAAAAAGAAUAGGGCUGGGGGGAAGGGAGAAUGGAAAGUUCUUGUUUAAAGGAUAAAGAGUUUCAGGCUGGAAUGAUGGAAGAAAUUCUGGAGGUACCUGGUGGUGAUGGUUGCACAACGCUGAAUGCACUUCAUGCCACUGAAUUGUACAAUUUUAAAUGGUUACAUGGUAAAUUUUAUAAAAUGUAUAUUUUACCACAAAACAAAUUUAAGCUCCUCCUAUAUAUAGAUGUAUAGAUAUACACAGAAAAAUAAAAAUUUUGAAGUAAAUAAACAAAGGAAAGAGUAUUUCACAAUUGGUAAUAGGUUGAUAGAUAAGAGCCUAUAUAAAUUCGUUUAAGAAAACCCACAAAAGCACUGAGUAGAAAAAUUAGCAAGAUAUUGACAGUUCACAAAUGAAAGAAAAGGCUAAAAACAUGAAAUAAUCUUUCUCUUCACUGAUAUCAAAUAAAUGCACCUUAAAAUACUACUCUUCAUCAAUGAAGCUGGCAGAGUAUUUUCCUUUUUUUUUUUUUUUUUGAGACAGAGUCUUGCUCUGUCACCCAGGCUGGAGUGCAGUGGUGCAAUCUUGCCUUGUUGCAACCUCCACCUCCAGGGCUCAAGCAAUCCUCCCACCUCAGCCUCCCAAGUAGCUGGGACUACAGAUAUGUACCACCACAUGGGGCUAAAUUUUAUAUUUUUGGCAGAGACCAGCUUUCACCAUGGGGCCCAGGCUCAUUUUGAACUUCUGGCCUCAAGUAAUCCUCCCAUCUCAGCCUCCCAAAGGGCUGGGAUUACAGGUGUGAGCCACCAUGCUGGGCCAGAUUUUUCAAAGAAUACUCAGAGCUCACAAGGCUGUUUUUAGUGGGAACACAGUUUUGAACAAAUCUUUGAGAAAGCAGUAAGUACCCUUUGUAUCUUUAAUUCCACUUUUAGGAAUCUCUCAUAGCCAAAAUACUACCCCCUGCAAAAUAAUACAACAUAAUGUUUAUUAUAGAACCAUUUAUUACUGAGAAAAAAUUCAGAGGAACACAGUCAUUGAGAAAUAAAGAAAUGGCUAAGGAAUUUAUCUGACUUAAUACUGUAAAAAAAAUAUUUUUAAAGGAUUUUAAUGACAUGAGAAAUGUUUCAGUUUACAACAUGGGGCUAAGUAAAAAAGAACACAUAGCUGCAUGUAGACUGGUCCCAAUUCUAUUCCAAAAGCUUGACUUGAUUUCUGUCUGGGUGGUAGGUGAUGUUUUAUUUUCUUCUUUAUGCUUUUUUUGUAUUUUCCAAGUUUUCUACAAAGAACAUCAAUUUCUUUAAUCAUUUUAUAAAUGAUGUUUAUACCUCUCAAUCUAGUAAUUCUACUCAUAGAAAAUCAUUCGAAAGGAAUAAUAAUUUUUAGAGAGAUGAGGUUUCACCAUGUUGCCCAGGCUGGUCUGGAAUACCUGGGAUUAAGUCAUCCACCGCCUUCAGCCUUUCAAAGUGCUGGGAUUAUUAGCGUGAGCCACCAAGCUCAGCUUCUUCUUCUUUUUUUUUUUUUUUUUUUUUUUUUUUGAGAGAUGGAGUCUCUGUAGCCCAGGCUGGAGGACAAUGGUAUGAUCAUAGCUCACUGCAGCACAACCUCCUGGGCUCAAGCUAUCCUCCUGCCUCAGCCACCCAUUUAGCUGGGACCACAGGUACAUGCUACCAUGCCUGGCUGAUUUUUUUCAUUUUUUGUAGAGACAAGAUUUUACUGUGUUGCCAUGCUGUCUCAAACUCCUGGGCUCACUCGAUUUGCCUGCCUUGGCCUCCCAAAGUGCUGGGAUUAUAGACAUGACCUACUGUGCCUGGCCUUGAAAUAAUUCUAAAUACAGAAAAAGCUUUGUUCAUAGAUUAUUGAAAAAUAAUCUGGUGUUAAUUAUAGUGACAAAAUAUUGGAAAAUUUGGGGAAGGUAAAGUAAAUCUUGGCAUAUGCACUUGAUAAGCUAUUACACAGCCAUUAAACUCAAGUUUAGGAAGAGUUUAUAAUAACAUGAUAAAUGCAUAGAAUUGAAUGAAAAAAUCAGGACACAAAAUUUUAUAUGUAGUAUGAUCAAAAGUACAUGUACGAGCCUGAGCAACAAAUUUUUUUUUUAAUUAGCCAGGCAUGGUUGCCUGCCCCUAUAGUCUCAGCUACUCAGGAGGCUGAGGCAGGAGGAUUGCAUGAGCCCAGGAGUUCAAAGCUGCAGGUCGUGCCACUGCAUUUUAGCCUGGCAAACAGAAUAACGGUACUCAAACGCUCCAAAAAACCGUACUCAAAACCAUGCCGAAAAUAAGAAAAAGACUCAAACAAAAUACAGCAAAAGAUUAACACAAGGUACCUUUUGGUGGUAAAACUUGGGUUUAUUUACCUUCUGUUUAUUAUAUAUUUUUUCAUGUUCUCUGCAGUGAGCAUAUAUGACUUUUAAGUAGAAAAAUGUUUUAAACAAGCAAAAAAAGCUGACUUAGCUGUGAAUAGUGAAAAUUGUUAGUGGUUGUUACUUUCCUUCUUAUUGUCCAUUUCCCAAAUUUCUUACAUGGGAUUUAUUGAUUUUUAUCACUUAAAAGUUUAUAUAAAAGAGCAAUGAGCAAGUAAAGAUGAUUUCCUCUUCCCACACCUAUGAGGACUGUUCUUUCACCAGAGCCGCAGCCACUAUUUUCUGAGCUGCCUUUUGUGGCAGAGUCUUUGGGGCUACCUGAUGCAUUUACCAAGGAGAGUUGCUCAUUACCUCAUCUCUGCAAGCCGGGCUGCCUUCCAAUUGUGCCUUCUCUGUAAUGUAUUUGUAGUGCUCCUGAUCUUUCAGAGUCAGGUGAUGAUUCUGGGAUUAGCUUCCACCCACUUGGAGGCAGGUGCCUUGGGUCCAGGCAGUGCACACCUGUGGCAUAGGGCAGGGCUGGGCAGUGAAGGUGCACCCAAGUCUCUCAUCUACCUAUCACAUAUCACACAUGACUCAUCCAUAGUACAAGCAGUCAAAUUGAGGUUCUUGUUACAAUGGGUUCUAACACAUUUGGCUAGAAAAAUUAAUUUACGCAAUCGUCUAGUGCUGCAUUUGUUUCCUGGGGCUGCCAUGAUACAUUACCACAAUUUGAGUGGCUGAAAACAACAGAAAUCUAUUCUUUCACAGUUCUGGAGGCCAGACGUCUGCCAUCGAGGUUUCAGCAGGGCCACAUUUCCUCUGAAGGCUCUAGGAGAGGCUUCCAUGACUCUCCCAGCUUCUUUGUGUGUGCGUGUAUGUGAGUCAGAGUCUCUGUCACCCAAGCUAGAGUUCAGUGAUGCUAUCACGGCUCACUGCAACUUCCAAGGGUUCAAGUGAUUCUCCUGCCUCAACCUCCCAAUAGCUGGGACUACAAGUCCACACCACCAUGCCUGGCUAAUUUUUAUAUUUUUAGUAGAGACAGGGUUUUGCCAUGUUGCCCAGGCUGGUCUUGAACUCCUGACCUCAAGUAAUCUGCCCACCUCGGCCUCCCAAAGUGCUGGGAUUACAGGUGUGAGCCGCCAUGCCCGGCCUCUAUCCCAGUUUCUGGUGGAUGUGGAAAAACUUGGCAUUCCUGUGCUGGCAGCUGCAUCAUUCCCAUCUCUGCCUCCAGCAUCACGUGGCAUUCUCUGUGGGUGUCUCUGUGUCCCUGUAAGGAUACAAGUCACUGGAUUUGGAGUGUACCCUAAUCUGGUAUGACCUCAUUUUAACUAAUUAAUUACAUCGCAAAAACCCUAUUUACAAAUAAGGUCACAUUCAUAGGUACCAAGAAUUAGGACUUCAACCUAUCCAGGGGGACACAGUUCAACACACAACCACCACCAUGCUGAUAAUAAAGUGGAAACCAACAAUGUGGUUUAGACUUAAAGUUGCACUCCAGAAAUUCUCAUUCCGCCGAUCUCUAUCACACCACCAGCUGCCCCAGUUUGGAGUAAUAAUAGUUGUUUUCCGGCUAGGCGCAGUGGCUCAUGCCUGUAAUCCCAGCACUUUGGGAGGCCGAGGCGGGCGGAUCAGGAGGUCAAGAGAGCGAGACCAUCCUGGCCAACAUGGUGAAAUCCUGUCUCUACUAAAAAUGCAAAAAAAAAAUUAGCUGGGUGUGGUGACAUGUACCUUUGUAGUCCCAGCUACUUGGGAGGCUGAGGCAAGAGAAUUGCUUGAACCCAGGAGGUGGAGGUUGCAGUGAGCCAAGAUGGUGCCACUGCACUCCAGCCUGGCACCUGGUAAUGAAGUGAGACUGUCUCAAAAAAAAAAAAAAAAUAGCUGUUUUGUAUAGAAACAGGCAUUAGGCCAGAUUUGGCCUGCAGGUCAUAAUUUGGCAGACCUCUGCCCUAGAGCUUAAGAGUCUGAUUUUACUUCCUGAUUAAGUGGCUGCUGGAGUUUAGAAUAAUGUUAAAUGUUAACACAUCUUCUUUGUACAGUACAUAAGAAUUUACAAAUUACUUUCAUAUGCAUCAUCUUUUUCAGUCUUAAGAAAAACCUGUUAAGGAAGUUACAUUUUUAAUUGUGCCUAUGUUAUAAAUGAGGAAACAGAGGCUUAGGGAGCUUCUGUGAUUGGUCUGAUGUCAUAUAGCCAGUUAAGUGCAGAAUAGGAAUAUGGGACUCGAAGGGUUUCUUUUGUGAGCUUUCAUUAUGUGUCAGCAUAACCCAAAAAGUGAGCCACAGCUUCAUGCCAACAGCAUGGAUGCAAAGAAAGUGACACCUCUACACACAAGAUAAGCAGUUGUUAAUUACCUCCCAUAGGCUUUCCUGGCAGCAUGGCUGCUGGACAGUUCCCUGUUCAGUUCCAACACAUUCUGGAAAAUUCUGCAGCGUGAAAAAUGUGGGGUAGUGUAGCACUACAUGCCACACUUUGUCUGAUUGAUUCCCUAAAAAGAUUCUGGAAAUUUACAUUACAAACCUGAGUUUAAAUCCUGGGUCUGUCAGUUACUGUGUGAUGUUGGACAAGUUAUUAAAUUUCUCUGAGCCUCAUUUUUGUCACUGGUACAAUGGGGAUUUAAAACAGCAACUACUCCAGCCUGGGCAACAUAGGCAGACCCCGUCCCUACAAAAAAAUUUUUUUAAUUAGCUGGAUUUGGUAGCACCUGCCUGAAGCCCCAGCUACUUGGGAGGCUGAGGUGGAAGGAUGGCUUGAGCCUGGGAGAUCAAGGCUGAAAUGAGCCAUGAGUGUGCCACUGCACUGUACAGACUGUUACUAUUUGAUAUCUUUAUUGUGAUAUGUCAAUAAAUGUACACAUUAUGAGUACAUUCUGAGAUAUUACUCUUAACACAUUAAAUAGAAAUUACUUCAGUUACCAAAGCUGGUGUACACGCAUGUGUGUACAUAGUUUAUACAUGUGCAUGCUGUUCAUAUUAUGGACUCGUGUACAGAAAGUACAUAUCUACAUUAUAUGUAAGUAUGUGUAUAUAGUGUACAUAUGUCCACUCGGUGCACACAUAUCAACACCUGCAUAUAUUGCACAUUUGUACCUAAUUGGUACAUGAUGUACCUGUGUACAUAUCGUAAUAUCACAAUAAAUGUAAAUGUACAUAGUGUGUGCAAUAUGUACAUUUGUAUUAUGUAUUACCUGUGCAUUGUGGUUUCAUAAGCUGUUGUGAUUAUAUCGUUGUGGUGUUAGAAUAAGUGUACAUAUUGUACACAUUUUGAACAUAUCUAUUGUGUACACUUUGUAUGCAUAAUUGUCCAUCAUUUAUAGAUUAUGUAAAUUUAUUGUACAUAUGUGUUGUGUACACAUAUGCCCAUCACAGUCAGUUUACAUGUGGUACAUAUUCAGUUAGUUGCUUGUAAUAUACCAAUAAGGGUACACAUUAUGAGUAUAUUCUGAGAUAUGAUUUUUUCAUAUAUUAGAUAAAAAUAACUUCAAUAUCAAAGUGGGUAUACACAUAUGUGUGUCCAUUUUGUGAUAUUAUCCAUCAUAUCCUAGGUAGGUAUUGCUCUCCUUGUGAGAGCAAGUGUACCCUCUGCGAUGGUUCCAAUAUCACAGGCAAAAGAAAAUGCUUCUGUGAUGUAGUGAAUCAUGUCUGAAAGACAAAAGAUUUCAAUACCCUGAAUAUUAAAUGCAGUAUACACCACCACUGUAGUAUCGUUUCUAAUAUUCAAAAACUUAAAAGAUAUUACUCCAAAUAUCUGAGAGAGCACACAAGCCCCUCGUGAUAUUGUUCCUAAUAACUAGAGGAUUAUAGAGGACAUUACUCACGAUGUGACUGGGGUUGUAGGCUGGUCCUGGGAUAUUGUUCCUAAUAUUAAGAGGAGGAGAGGAAAAUGUUACGGCUUAUAGGGAAGUACUCUGUAUAUGUCAAGAGGUUUGCAGCAUGCUCUGAUAGGGUCACUAAUUUAAACAAGAAAACAAUUAUAUUGAAUUAAACAUUACAAGGGGUGAAACUCCCCUAUGCUUUAAAUUCUAAUGUCAAGGGAUGUGAGGAUGGCAUUUUUGUCAAUAUAGCAGAGGUGUAACUAUAACUACUGCCUAAUAUAUAGCAAAAGAGAAUAACAUUAUCAUUUCUGUAUGAUAUGGUCACCAGUAUCAUAUUAAACCACAUUUUCAAAAUAGCUUGGCCCCAGCAGCGGUGGGCAUAGCCACAAUGUGAGGGGGCCCCAAAGCAAUGAGGGUGUGCCUUGGGCCUGCUACGGGCUUGUUGGUGGGGACUGUGGGCCCAGUGCUUUAUCCAGGGUUUCCCUAAGCAGCCAUUCUGGGCUACUGGGCUGCUACGGGCACGCUGGUGGAGUCUGUAAGGACAGCCACAUAGCCAGGGUGUUCCUAAGCAGCCAUGGUGCACCUGGGAUUUACUUCGGGCCCUCUGGUGGGGGCUCUGGGCACAGUCACCUAGUUAGUGUGUCCCUAAGCUGCAGGGUUGGCCUGGGGUCUGCUACAUGCUUUCUGACAGUGUAUCGAACAAGGCCCUUAAGCCAGGGUGUUCCUACAUUGCCAGAGUGGGCUGGCAGGCUGCUACAGGACCUCUGGUGGGGAUGUGGGCACAGCUUUCUAGCCAGGGCAUCCGUAGGUAGCCAGGGUAGGCCUGGGUGCUCCUACAGGCCCUCUGAUGGCGGCUGUGGGCACAGCCUCAGAGCCCGGGUGUCUAUAAACAGCCAGAGGGCCUGUGGGGGAUGCUACGAUGUGGGCUGUGGUAAUAGCAUGCCUGUGCAUAGGUACAGAGUUUUCAUCUAUAUCUUCAUGUGUACAUAGUUUAAAUAGUGAACACAUAUUUGUACACGUGUACUUAUGUUAACAUAAAUCUGUAUGUACAUAAUAUGUGUAAAACACAUACGCACAUAAUGCAUACCUAAUGUGUACAAUAUGUACUAUUUGGUGAUACUACACGACAUGUAUAUAUUACUGUGAUUAUGUAUCUUACUGUGAUUAUAUAUAUUUUAUCACUGAUAUUUCAAGGAAUGUUCCUAGUGCACAAAUUAUGUACCUAAUGCAUGGUGUACAAAUUGUAGAAAUCUGCAGGUACAUAUUUGACAGAAUAUGUACAUUUUGGUACAUGUGCGUUGUGUACACAUGUACAACAGAGUAAAUGUACAGACUGUACCUAUUGGAUACAUUUAGUCUGAUAUGUCAAUAAAUGUACAUAUUAUGAGUACAUUCUGGGAUAUUACUUAUAGCACAUUAAAUAGAAAUCACUUCAGUUACCAAAGCUGGUGUACACGCAUGUGUUUAGUUUAUACAUGUGCAUGUUGUUCAUAUUAUGGACUCCUGUACAGAAAGUACAUAUCUACAUUAUAUGUACAUAUGUGUAUUUACUGUACAUAUGUCCAUACUGUGCACACAUAUCUACACCUGCAUAUAUUGCACAUUUGUACCUAAUUGGUCCAUGAUGUACCUGUGUACAUAUCGUAAUAUCACAAUAAAUGUAAAUGUACAUAGUGUGUGCAAUAUGUACAUUUGUAUUAUGCAUUACCUGUGCAUUGUGGUUUUAUAAACUGUUGUGAUUAUAUGAUAUCAUUGUGGUGUUAAAAUAAGCGUACAUAUUAUACACAUUUUGAACAUAUCGAUUGUGUACACUUUGUAUGCAUAUAAUUGUCUAUACUUUAUAGAUUAUGUAAAAUUCUUGUACAUCUGUGUUGUGUACACAUAUGCCAAUAACUGUAAGUUUACAUGUGGUACAUAUUCAGUUAGUUGCUUGUAAUAUACCAAUAAGUGUACACAUCAUGGGUAUAUUCUGAGAUAUGAUUUUUAGUAUAUCAAAUAAAAAUGACUUCCAAUAUCAAAGUGGGUAUACAGAUAUGUGUGUCCAUUUCCUGAUAUUAUCCAUCAUAUCCUAAGUAGGUAUUACUCUCCAUGUGAGAGCAAGUGUACCCUCUGCGAUGGUUCCAAUAUCACAGGCAAAGUAAAUCGCCUCUGUGAUGUAGUGAGUCAUGUCCGAAAGACAAAGGAUUACCAUACCCUGAAUAUCGAAUGCAGUAUACACCACCACUGUAGUAUCAUUUCUAAUAUUCAAAAACUUAAUAAGAUAUUACUCCAGAUAUCUGAGAGAGCGCACAAGCCCCCCGUGAUAUUGUUCCCAAUAACUAGAGGAUUAUAGAGAACAUUACUCACAAUGUGACUGGGGUUGUAGGCUGGUCCUGGGAUAUUGUUCCUAACAUCCAGAGGAGGAGAGGAAAAUGUUGCGACUUAUAGGGAAGUACUCUGAAUAUGGCAAGAGGUGUACAGCAUGCUCUGAUAGGGUCACUAAUGUAAACAAGAAAACAAUUAUAUUGAAUUAAACAUUGCAAGGGGAGGAUCUCCCAAAUGCUUUAAAUUCUAAUGUCAAGGGAUGUGAGGAUGGCAUUUUUGUCAAUAUAGCAGAGGUGUAACUAUAACUACUGCCUAAUAUAUAGCAAAAGAGAAUAACAUUAUCAUUUCUGUAUGAUAUGGUCUCCAGUAUCAUAUUAAACCACAUUUUCUAAAUAGCUUGGUGCCAGCAGCGGUGGGCAUAGCCACCAACCAAGGGAGUCCCAAAGCAACAUGGGUUUGCCUUGGGCCUGCUACGGGCUCGUUGGUGGGGACUGUGGGCACAGUGCUCUAUCCAGGGUUUCCCUAAGCAGCCAUUCUGGGCUACUGGGCUGCUAUGGGCACGAUGGCAGAGCCUAUAAGGACAGCCACAUAGCCAGGGUGUUCGUAAGCAGCCAUGGUGCACCUGGGAUUUACUUCGGGCCCUCUGUUAAGGUCUAUGGGCACAGUCACUUAGUUAGUGCAUCCCUAAGCUUCACGGUUGGCCUGGGGUCUGAUACAUGUUCUCUGGCAGUGUAUCGAACAACGCGCUUAAGCCUGGGUGUCCCUACGUUGCCAGAGUGUGCUGGCGGCUGCUACAGGACCUCUGUUGGGGAUGUGGGCAUAGCUUUCUAGCCAGGGCAUUCUUAAGUAGCCAAGGUGGGCCUGGGUGCUUUUACGGGCACUCCGGUGGCGGCUGUGGGCACAGCCUCAGAGCCCGGGUGUCUACAAGCAGGCAGGGGGUGUGUGGGGGAUGCUAGGGUGUGGGCUGUGGUAAUAGCAUGCCUGUACAUAGGUACAGAGUUUGCAUCUAUAUCUUCAUGUGUACAUAGUUUAAAUAGUGAGCAUAUAUUUGUACACGUGUACUUAUGUUAACAUGAUAAAUCUGUAUGUACAUAAUAUGUGUAAAACACAUACGUACUUAACGCAUAUUUAAUGUGUGCAAUAUGUACUAAUUGGUGAUACUACACGACAUAUAUAUUACUGUGAUUAUAUAUAUUUAUUACUGAUAUUUCAAGGAAUGUUCAUAGUGCACAAAUUAUGUACCUAAUGCAUGGUGUACACAUUGUAGAAAUAUGCAGGUAGAUAUUUGACAGAAUAUGUACAUUUUGGUACAUGUGCGUUGUGUACACGUAUGUACAGCAGAGCAAAUGUACAGACUGUACCUAUUUGAUAUCUUUAUUGUGAUAUGUCAAUAAAUGUACACAUUAUGAGUACAUUCUGAGAUAUUACUCUUAGCACAUUAAAUAGAAAUUACUUCCGUUACCAAAGCUGGUGUACAUGCAUGUGUGUACAUAGUUUAUACAUGUGCAUGCUGUUCAUAUUAUGGACUCGUGUACAGAAAGUACAUAUCUACAUUAUAUGUACGUAUGUGUAUAUAGUGUACAUAUGUCCAUUCGGUGCACACAUAUCAACACCUGCAUAUAUUGCACAUUCGUACCUAAUUGGUACAUGAUGUACCUGUGUACAUAUCGUAAUAUCACAAUAAAUGUAAAUGUAUAUAGUGUGUGCAAUAUGUACAUUUGUAUUAUGUAUUACCUGUGCAUUGUGGUUUCAUAAGCUGUUGUGGUUAUAUGAUAUCGUUGUGGUGUUAGAAUAAGUGUACAUAUUGUACACAUUUUGAACAUAUCUAUUGUGUACACUUUGUAUGCAUAUAAUUGUCCCUCAUUGAUAGAUUAUGUAAAUUUAUUGUACAUCUUUGUUGUGUACACAUAUGCCCAUCACAGUCAGUUUACAUGUGGUACAUAUUCAGUUAGUUGCUUGUAAUAUACCAGUAAGUGUACACAUCAUGAGUAUAUUCUAAGAUAUGAUUUCUAGUAUGUUAGAUAAAAAUUACUUCCAAUAUCAAAGUGGGUAUACACAUAUGUGUGUCCAUUUCGUGAUAUUAUCCAUCAUAUCCUAAAUAGGUAUUACUCUUUUUGUGAGAGCAAGUUUACCCUCCGCUAUGGUACCAAUAUCACAGGCAAAGUAAAACGCUUCUGUGAUGUAGUGAAACAUGUCCGAAAGACAAAGGAUUACCAUACCCUGAAUAUCGAAUGCAGUAUACACCACCACUGUAGUAUCGUUGCUAAUAUUCAAAAACUUAAAAGAUAUUACUCCAGAUAUCUGAGAGAGCGCACAAGCCCCCCGUGAUAUUGUUCCUAAUAACUAGAGGAUUAUAAAGGACAUUACUCACGAUGUGAGUGGGGUUGUAGGCCGGUCCUGGGAUAUUGUUCCUAACAGCCAGAGGAGGAGAGACAGUGGUUGCAGCUUAUAGGGAAGUACCCUGAAUAUGGCAAGAGGUGUACAGCAUGCUCUGAUAGGGUCACUAAUGUAAACAAGAACACAAUUAUAUUGAAUUAAACAUCGCAAGGGGUGAAACUCCCCUAUGCUUUAAAUUCUAAUGUCAAGGGAUGUGAGGAUGGCAUUUUUGUCAAUAUAGCAGAGGUGUAACUAUAACUACUGCCUAAUAUAUAGCAAAAGAGAGUAACAUUAUCAUUUCUGUAUGAUAUGGUCGCCAGUAUCAUAUUAAACCACAUUUUUUAAAUAGCUUGGCCCCAGCAGCAGUGGGCAUAGCCACCAAGCAAGGGGGUCUCAAAGCAACGAGGGUGUGCCUUGGGCCUUCUAUGGGCUCGUUGGGGGGGACUGUGGGUACAGUGCUCUAUUCAGGGUUUUCCUAAGAAGCCAUUCUAAGCUACUAGGCUGCAACGGGCACGCUGGUGGAGUCUGUAAGGACAGCCACAUAGCCAGGGUGUUCCUAAGCAGCCAUGGUGCACCUGGGAUUUACUUCGGGCCCUCUGGUUGGGGCUCUGGGCACAGUCACCUAGUUAGUGUCUCCCUAAGCUGCAGGGUUGGCCUGGGGUCUGCUACAUGCUUUCCUGCAGUGUAUCGGACAACGCCCUUAAGCCAGGGUGUCCCUACGUUGCCAGAGUGGGCUGGCGGGCUGCUACAGGGCCUGAUGUGGAGAUGUGGGCACAGCUUUCUAGCCAGGGCAUCCGUAGGUAGCCAGGGCGGGCCUGGGUGCUCUUAGAGGCCCUCUGGUGGCGGCUGUGGGCACAGCCUCAAAGCCCGGGUGUCUAUAAACAGCCAGAGGGCGUGUGGGGGAUGCUACGAUGUGGGCUGUGGUAAUAGCAUGCCUGUGCAUAGGUACAGAGUUUUCAUCUAUAUCUUCAUGUGUACAUAGUUUAAAUAGUGAGCACAUAUUUGUACACGUGUACUUAUGUUAACAUGAUAAAUCUGUAUGUACAUAUGUGCAAAACACAUAUGUACCUAAUGCAUACCUAAUGUGUGCAAUAUGUAUUAUUUGGUGAUACUACACGACAUGUAUAUAUUACUGUGAUUAUGUAUCUUAUUGUGAUUAUAUAUAUUUUAUUACUGAUAUUUCAAGGAAUGUUCCUAGUGCACAAAUUAUAUACCUAAUGCAUGGUGUACACCUUGUAGAAAUCUGCAGGUACGUAUUCGACAGAAUAUGUACAUUUUGGUACAUGUGCGUUGUGUACACAUAUGUACAGAAGAGUAAAUGUACACACUGUACCUAUUUGAUACAUUUAUUGUGAUAUGUCAAUAAAUGUACACAUUAUGAGUACAUUCUGGGAUAUUACUUAUAGCACAUUAAAUAGAAAUUACUUCAGUUACCAAAGCUGGUGUACAUGCAUGUGUGUACAUAGUUUAUACAUGUGCAUGCUGUUCAUAUUAUGGACUCGUUUACAGAAGUUACAUAUAUACAUUUUAUGUACGUAUGUGUAUAUAGUGUACAUAUGUCCAUUCUGUGCACACAUAUCUACACCUGCAUAUAUUGCACAUUUGUACCUAAUUGGUACAUGAUGUACCUGUGUACAUAUCGUAAUAUCACAAUAAGUGUAAAUGUACAUAGUGUGUGCAAUAUGUUCAUUUAUAUUAUGUAUUACCUGUGCAUUGUUGUUUUAUAAGCUGUUGUGAUUAUAUGAUAUCGUUGUGGUGUUAGAAUAAGUGUACAUAUUGUACACAUUUUGAACAUAUCUAUUGUGUACACUUUGUAUGCAUAUAAUUGUCUAUAUUGUAUAGAUUAUGUAAGUUUAUUGUAUAUCUGUGUUGUGUAGAAAUAUGCCAUCAGUCAUUUACAUGUGGUACAUAUUCAGUUAGUUGCUUGUAAUAAACCAAUAAGUGUACACAUCAUGAGUAUAUUCUGAGAUAUGAUUUUUAGUAUAUUAGGUAAAUAUUACUUCCAAUAUCAAAGUGGGUAUACAUAUAUGUGUGUCCAUUUCGUGAUAUUAUCCAUCAUAUCCAAAGAAGGUAUUACUCUCCUUGUGAAGGCAAGUGUACCCUCUGUGAUGGCUCCGAUAUCACAGGCAAAGGAAAACGCUUCUGUGAUGUAGUGAAUCAUGUCCGAAAGAGACAAAGAAUUACCAUUUCCUGAAUAUAGAAUGCAGUAUACAUCACCACUGUAGUAUCGUUUCUAAUAUUCAAAAACUUAAAAGAUAUUACUCCAAAUAUCUGAGAGAGCGCACAAGCCCCCCGUGAUAUUGUUCCUAAUAACUAGUGGAUUAUAGAGGACAUUACUCACAAUGUGACUGGGGUUGUAGGCUGGUCCUGGGAUAUUGUUCCUAACAUCCAGAGGAGGAGAGGAAAAUGUUGUGGCUUAUAGGGAAAUACUCUGAAUAUGGCAAGAGGUGUACAGCAUGCUCUGAUAGGCUCACUAAUGUAAACAAGAAAACAAUUAUAUUGAAUUAAACAUGGUAAGGGGUGAAACUCCACUAUGCUUUAAAUUCUAAUGUCAAGGGAUGUGAGGAUGGCAUUUUUGUCUAUAUAGCAGAGGUGUAACUAUAACUACUGCCUAAUAUAUAGCAAAAGAGAAUAACAUUAACAUUUCUGUAUGAUAUGGUCGCCAGUAUCAUACUAAAGCACAUUUUCAAAAUAGCUUGGCCCCAGCAGCAGUGGGCAUAGCCACCAAGCGAGGGGGUACCAAAGCAACGACGGUGUACCUUAGGCCUGCUACGGGCUCGUUGGUGGGUACCGGUGGAACAGUGCUCUAUCCAGAGUGUCCCUUAGCAGCCAUUCUGUGCCACUGGGAAUCUACGGGCACGCUGGCAGAGCCUGUAAAAACAGCCACAUAGCCAGGUUGUUCCUAAGCAGCCAUGGUGCACCUGCGAUUUACAUCGGGCCCUCUGGUGGGGGCUCUGGGCACAGUCACCUGGUUACUGUGUUUCUAAGCUGCAGGGUUUGCCUGGGGUCUGCUACAUGCUCUCUGGCAGUGUAUCGGACAACGCCCUUAAGCCAGAGUGUCCCAACGUUGCCAGAGUGGGCUAGCGGGCUGCUACAGGACCACUGGUGGGGAAGUGGGCACAGCAUUUUAGCCAGGGCAUCCGUAGGUAACCAGGGUGGGCCUGGGUGCUCUUACAGGCCCUCUGGUGGCGGCUGUGGGCACAGCCCUGGGUCCAUAAGAAGCCAGAGGGCCUGUGAGGGAUGCUACGAUGUGGGCUGUGGUAAUAGCAUGCCUGUGCAUAGGUACAGAGUUUACGUCUAUAUCUUCAUGUGUACAUAGUUUAAAUAGUGAGCACAUAUUUGUACACGUGUACUUAUGUUAACAUGAUAAAUCUGUAUGUACAUAACAUGUGCAAAACACAUACGUACCUAACACAUACCUAAUGUGUGCAAUAUGUACUAUUUGGUGAUACUACACGACAUGUAUAUAUUACUGUGAUUAUAUAUCUUAUAGUAAUUAUAUAUAUUUUAUCACUGAUAUUUCAAGGAAUGUUCAUAGUGUACAACUUAUGUACCUAAUGCAUGGUGUACACAUUGUAGAAAUAUGCAGGUACAUAUUUGACCAAAUAUGUACAUUCUAAUACAUGUGCAUUGUGUAAACAUAUGUACAGCAGAGUAAAUGUACAGAAUGUACCUAUUUGAUACAUUUAUUGUGAUAUGUCAAUAAAUGUACACAUUAUGAGUACAUUCUGGGGUAUUACUGUUAGCACAUUAAAUAGAAAUCACUUCAGUUAAAGCUGGUGCACACGCAUGUGUGUAUAUAGUUUAUGCAUGUGUAUUCUGUUCAUAUUAUGGACUCGUGUAGAGAAGGUACAUAUCUACAUUAUAUGUACGUAUGUGUAUAUAGUGUACAUAUGUCCAUUCUGUGCACACAUAUCUACACCUGCAUAUAUUGCACAUUUGUACCUAAUUGAUACAUAAUAUACCUGUGUACAUAUAGUAAUAUCCCAAUAAAUGUAAAUGUACAUAGUGUGUGCAAUAUGUACAUUUGUAUUAUGUAUUACCUGUGCAUUGUGGUUUUAUAAGCUGUUGUGAUUAUAUGAUAUCGUUGUGGUGUUAGAAUAAGUGUACAUAUUGUACACAUUUUAAACAUAUCUAUUGUGUACACUUUGUAUGCAUAUAAUUGUCCAUCAUUUAUAGAUUAUGUAAAUUUAUUGUACAUCUGUGUUGUGUACACAUAUGCCCAUCACAGUCAGUUUACAUGUGGUACAUAUUCAGUUAGUUGCUUGUAAUAUACCAAUAAGUGUACACAUCAUGAGUAUAUUCUGAGAUAUGAUUUUUAGUAUAUUAGAUAAAAAUUACUUCCAAUAUAAAAGUCGGUAUACACAUAUGUGUGUCCAUUUCGUGAUAUUAUCCAUCAUAUCCUAAGUAGGUAUUACUCUCCUGGUAAGAGCAUGUGUACCCUCUGCGAUGGUUCCAAUAUCACAGGCAAAGUAAAACGCUUCUGUGACGUAGUGAAUCAUGUCCGAAAGACAAAGGAUUACCAUACCCUGAAUAUCGAAUGCAGUAUACACCACCACUGUAGUAUUAUUUCUAAUAUUCAAAAACUUAAAAGAUAUUACUCCAAAUAUCUGAGAGACCACACAAGCCUUUCGUGAUAUUGUUCCUAAUAACUAGAGGAUUAUAGAGGACAUUACUCACGAUGUGACUGGGGUUGUAGGCCGGUUUUUGGAUAUUGUUUCUAACAUCCAGAGGAGGAGAGAAAAAUGUUGUGGCUUAUAUGAAAGUACUCUGUAUAUGGCAAAAGGUGUACAACAUGCUCUGAUAGGGUCACUAAUGUAAACAAGAAAACAAUUAUAUUGAAUUAAAUAUUGCAAGUGGUGAAACUCCCCUAUGCUUUAAAUUCUAAUGUCAAGGGAUGUGAGGAUGGCAUUUUUGUCAAUAUAGCAGAGGUGUAACUAUAACUACUGCCUAAUAUAUAGCAAAAGAGAAUAACAUCAUUUCUGUAUGAUAUGGUCAUUAGUAUCAUAUUAAACCACAUUUUCAAAAUAGCUUGGCCCCAGCAGCGGUGGGUAGAGCCACCAAAUGAGGGGGUCCCAAAGCAACCAGGGUGUGCUUUGGGCCUGCUAUGGGCUCGUUGUUGAGGACUGUGGGCACAGUGCUGUAUCCAGGGUGUUUCUACGCAGACAUUCUGGGCCACUGGGCGGCUACAGGCACGCUGGUGGAGCCUGUAAGGACAGCCACAUAGCCAGGGUGUUCCUAAGCAACCAUGGUGAACCUGGGAUUUACUUCGGGCCCUCUGGUUGGGGCUCUGGGCCCAGUCACUUAGUGUGUUCCUUAGCUGCAGGGUUGGCCUGGGGUCUGCUACAUGCUCUCUGGCAGUGUAUCGGACAAUGCCCUUACGCCAGGGUGUCCCUACAUUGCCAGAGUGGGCUGGCGGGCUGCUACAGGACCUCUAGUGCGGUUGUGGGCACAGCUUUCUAGCCAGGGCAUUCGUAGGUAGCCAGGGUGGGCCUGGGUUCUCUUACAGGCCCUCUGGUGGCGGCUGUGGGUACAGCCUCAUAGCCAGGGUGUCUAUAAGCAGCCAGAGGGCGUGUGGUUGAUGCUACGAUGUGGGCUGUGGUAAUAGCAUGCCUGUGCAUAGGUACAGAGUUUGCAUCUAUAUCUUCAUGUGUACAUAGUUUAAAUAGUGAGCACGUAUUUGUACACAUGUACUUAUG